AUGGCACUCCUCCUCCAGCGGACGGCUCUGCUGACCAGAACUACUAGACUCUCACCAUGUCUCUUAAGACAAUACGCCACCAAGCGAGGUGGCGAUGUCGACGAGGCAGAGCUACAGGCUGCCCGCCAAUGGCUCGCGAAGCUUGAUCCAGACACGAUUCCACGAGACAUUUGCGAAGUGAGCUUCUCACGAUCUUCCGGUCCUGGUGGUCAGAAUGUCAAUAAAACCUCAUCCAAAGCGACUCUACGAAUUCCAAUUUCUUCACUCCUGCAACGAGUACCUACAUUGAUGCAUGGACCGAUCCAGAGCAGUCGCUACCACGCUGCAAAAUCGAACGACCUCGUCAUACAGGCUGACGAUUCGCGGAAGCAGACUGACAAUGUCAACGCCUGCUUUCGCAAAUUGCAUGAAUUGAUCGUGCAGGCUGGACGCCAGACUGUGCCAGGCGAGACGAGCCUUGAGCAGUCCAAGCGUGUUGAAGGCCUGCAGAAGGCUGAGGCUGCUGGGCGGCGCAAGAUGAAAGAGUUUCACAGCAAGAAGAAGAGUGCACGGAGAGGUGGGGGACGAGGUGGUGAUGAUUGAAAGGAAAGCACGCUCUGUUCUGGAGUGACGUGAGGCUCGUCUUGCCGAGGCAUACAUCAUCACAUCGAUGGACUGGGCCAUUUUUACCACUACGAAUUAUUGGACUCGCUGCGGGCAGCCUGGCCUUAGAGAUACUCAAGGCUUGACGCUGCCUCCGCCACAUGAUGGUGAUCAGGGACAUCAAUGUCGACUGAGCCGCAACAGCUGUAGUGGCAGGGCUCGGCUCUCCAGAGAGUAAAGCUGACAGCAUUCAGCUGGCUAACGAGCCUAUCCUAACCUGAACAAGGCAGGUAUAAAGUCAAUCACGGGCAUGCGCUUCGAUCUCUCCGUAGAGAAUGCUCGAGGCACUUGGUUCUAGAAUGCCACCGAGCUCAGAUCUUCUGGACCACGAGUGAACAUAGUCGACACAGCAAGUGGCCUGACUUCUGAAGAGCAAUCACUUUCUGCAAGCAUACAUUGACGGGGGUCAGAUUCGGUUGAAAUGUGUGUAUGGGAGCCUCCGCUGUCAUGAAGACGGCGCAGCAUGCUAAGCUCCUCGCCUCGAGAGGCGCCAAAGGUCAUGGUAGCGGUUCCGAGGUUGUCGGAGAAUAGGACAGCCACAGGAAGACUUUGCGGCUACAUAGCUGCAGGUGAUAGUCAAAUGAAGGCACUACCGCAUCGGUCCACAUAUUUAC